CGAUAAUGGGCAGCACCGCAGGCACAACCACUAUGCACGAGGACGGUCGACCCAACGAUUACCCGAUUGUGACGACGAUCCAGGUGAGCAGUACAAACUGAGACAUGAACGCAACCGCCGGGGCUGAGAUAGGGAUGAGGAUGGGUCCGCUAGUCCAGAUGGAUGCUAGCACAAAACACUAUGAUUACUGGGGUCGCGACGACAAGCAACAGCCAGGCGACCCUGAGGACGAUCUCGCCAGCAUGCAUGAAACGCAUCUGGCCGAUACCUCUGCCAGGUUCACACCGUCUCUCAAACGCGCAUACGAGGGCGGCAACCAACAUAUUUACGAAGGAGAAGAUUCGCCCCGACCUGAACAUGGCCAGCUGUCACGCCAGAUCUGUACUGCCUCCACCCACUCGAGAUCGGAAUCGCUCGAGACAACUCCAAAGUUCGAUGGGCGGGAGAUCUUCUGCGACUCGACGAAGACGGACCCGAUUCCAUGGUUCUGCAAGUUCGAGCUCAAGUUGCAGCUCCACCACGUCAGCGAACACAAGCAUCACACGUACUUAUACUCCCGGUCGGGGGGCGCGUGCCAAGUAUGGUUGGACAAUCUCUUGUCCAAGUACGAAAUGGUGGCUGCAGACUUGCACACCAAGAUCAACUGGGAUGGUCUAAAGGCAGCAUGGCAUAAGUCGUUCCAAGUAGAGCCGCUGGAGAUCAAGAUAAUGGACAAGUUGAUGACCUUCGAACAGGGCACGCUGUCGAGUGUUGAUAGGAUUGUCGAGUGCCAACGCUUGACAUUCGUCCCAUACAUUCAAAAGGGCUUCAACGCCGUCAAACACUACUUCAUCUCGAGGUCGUGUUCGGCGUUGGGCAACGCCUUGACUCACGUCAAGGACACCCUAACGACAACGGCAGAGCUCUUCGAGAGGGCCGCACAAAUUAUUGUCAUGAACAAGGAGGCUAAGAACCUCCACUGUUCGUCUACGACAGACCCGAGCAGAGAUCAGCAUCGGCCGAAAGCGACCGUGGUCGUGGCGGCAACGCCAACCGACCAAUCUAGCGAGGUCGUGUCCGCCAAUGAAGGGGACAGACUCACAGCCACCCGGGAUGUUGGCCUCCCCGACAAAGGCCGAGGACGAGGCAAGACGAAGACAAACACCGCAUCUAUCCCCGGGCCCGGCGCAGCAGCUCGCUCCAGCCCUAUGGUCCCAUUACGGUUUUCAUUAUGCUCUCAUCUUCACACGUACUUAUCCUUCAAUGCACCACCAACUUCGCCAAUGGAUGACGAAGUCGCGGUGGGGGACAUCCUUGCGUAUGUUACCAAGGUGGUGCGCGAGUCUCGCAAGCAGCAGUACGAUGAAAACAACGCACCGCUCCUCUAUGUCCGCAUUCAAGUUGGGCAAGUGUCCUGCAGCGCUUUGCUGGAUAGCGGCGCGUCUCGCAAUUUCAUGAGCCAAGCCUUUAUGCAAAGGGCUGACCUUGGCGCACAAGUUCGAAGGAAGGCAAACCUGACGACGAUCAAGUUGGCGGACGGAAGGACGCAGCAACUUAUCGACCGCUACAUCGAGGUCGUACCUGUGUAUUUCGCACCUCCUGCAUGCGAACCGGUGACGGUCGACAUCUUGGACACGGACUUCGACGUUAUUUUGGGAAUGCUUUGGCUUGCAAGUGCGGAUCACGCAGUCAACUUCCACCGGCGGACUCUUACCAUUCGGGACGCCUUCGGCGCCAAAGUAUCGUGUACUAUUCCUCUUCCGCACCCUUCAAUUCGGUGCCAAGUGGUUACGACCAAGUCAUUUCGGGCUACUUGUGCUUACGAGCAGCCAGACGAAAUUGGCCUAUGUUUCCUACGGACCGUCGUGGUAGCCGACUCUUCACCCACGGACUUGUCUUCGGACCCCCGUGUGGUGUGGUUGCUUGACGAGUUCGCCCACAACUUCGAGUCACCUACCGGUGGGGUGCCGGAUCGGCCGAUCUCUCACGAGAUCUUUCUCGAGGCCGGUGUCGUGCCGCCGAAAGGUUGCAUUUACCGCAUGACCGAGGAGGAGCUUACGGUCCUCCGCGCGCAACUUGACAACUUGUUGGACAAGGGUUGGAUCCGCCCUAGUAGCUCCCCAUAUGGAGCACCAGUUCUCUUCGUACGGAAGAAGAACAAGGAUCUACGAUUGUGCAUCGACUUUGCGAGCACUUUUGGUGGUCCGACCUUCUCGGCGACGUCACACGCUAUUGCGAGUCAUGCGAGGUUUGUCGACGCUGUAAAUCAUGCAACCAUCGUUCGUACGGCGAGUUGCGACCAUUACCGGUCCCCUUGCGCCGAAGGGAAGCGAUUGUCAUGGACAUUACCGGGUCGUUCCCCAAACACAAGUCCGGUGUGGAUGAGAUUCUUACGGUGGUCGACCGACUCAUGAAGCUCGCCAUGUCUUGCCUUGCCGCUAUCAUGCCAAGGCACCGGAAUUGGCCGAGGUUCUUUAUGCCGGUAGGAUUCGAACCAAGGGUUACCCCAAGGAAAUCGCCUGCGACCGCGAGACUCGGUUCAUGUUCCAUUUUUGGUUGGCGCUCAUCAAAUGAUGGGGCUCAUCUCUCAAGCCAAGUUCGGCUCGCCUACUUGGUCCACUUUGCGUACUGCACCCACAAAUGAACGCAAGAUGCAAGG